AAACGUGAACAAAAUGUUUGCGCAUGCGUUAGUAUUAUCCCACUCACUUAGCAACAUUGGUUCCUAGAGAAUGGAAUUGUUUGCCAUUUAGUACGAUUGUCUUAGACAAAUUUGGUAAAUUAUUUGUUAUAUAAGUUAGUAGUGACAUUGUGUUUGAAACUUCCGCUUCAAAACUUGUAACCCAUGGACCAACAGGAGGGGAGUGAACUUCAGGAUGAAUAUUCUGAUGACAAAAAGGACAAAGGAGAGUCCUUUGACAAGCAUCAAGACAUCUCAUCUCAAAUGACCCGAAAGAGGAUGAAUAUUCUUAUAAUUUUGGGAUUGCUGAUUUUGCUGAUUUUACUCAUUUAUCACAAUGUGAAACAGGACAAUUUUGACACCAUUGAACCAUCUUUUAUGAAAGGUCCCCAAAGAGAAAUGAAUGUCUUGUCUGACACAGAACAGCCCACCAUGUUUUCUGGAGACCUAGAUGACCUGCCUGACCUGGUUGUUGACAGUAUUAUUGGGAGAGUCAUCACUGUAGAUGGUGUUCCAUACAUGUGGCAACCGAGGGCAUCUCAGGACAAUUGCUACAAGACCUGUAAAGAUGAAACACGCAUUGAAUGUGAUCAUUACUUCUUUGACAAAGUUCGUCACAAGUGCUAUAUGUUUGGGAAGAAUUCUACAAAGCCUGUGACAAGAUCAGACCUACCAGUGGAUCAACAACAAACACAGAAACAUUUGAUGAAUGUCAAGGGAGUUGAUACUGUGAAAAGAUUCAAAAGAGAAAUAAAAAUUCAGCUUAAUGACAUUCCUGACACGGUCGUUAAAGGUGUUUUUGGGAGAAUAAUCAAUGUAGAUGGUGUUCCAUAUUUGUGGCGACCGAGGGCAUCUCAGGACAAUUGCUUCAAAACCUGUGAACAGGAAACACGCAUUGGAUGUGUCCGUUACUUCUUUGACAAAGUUGGUAAAAAGUGCUUCAUAAUUGGGAAGAAGUCUACAAGUACAGUGUCAAUUAAAAUUAAAGAAUUACCUAUACCUAUACCAAGACCAAGAACUACAACCACCCCACCACCUCCUCCACCACCACCACCUGCAACACCAGCUACAAUAAUAAAGAUUGUUCACGUUCAACCGAAGAGUAAUGAUCUAACUGAACUCAAAUUAAUGAUAGAAAAAAUUCAAGGUGCAUUCAAAAGUGCUGUGGAAUCACUGCAUGAUGGCAAGGAGAGACAUGAUUCUAUUGUGGAAGGACUACAGGCUAAACAAAACAUUGUUCAAAACACCAUAGGUCUUCUGUCUGAUAAUGUUAAGAACUUGAACAAAGUGAAACAUCGCUUGGUUGAUAAGAUCAAUGUAAUGGACAGCAGGCAGCAGACUUUAACUGAACAGGUGAAAAAUAUGGCCGGCUAUGAGCAGCAGAUAGCCAGUGCCAUGGCCAACGUCAACAAGAAGGUCACACAUAUGGAUGACGAUCUAGAUGUCAUCAAACAAGUAAAUGAAAAGGUGUCGAGACAGCUGAGUGGUGAAGAGGCGGCCAACCCCGAAUUCAACCGGCAGAUUAUUGCUCUGCGGAGACAGAUGAUAGAUCUGAUGUCAAGAGUGGAAAUGAACCCCACUGUGUUAAAGAUGACAAAGAACCAGCGUGUCUUGGCCGAGGCGCUUGAAGCGGUGGAUCGUGAGAUUGCUAUCAAUGAGCGGAGACUGGCCCACAUUGACGAGAGCACAGGGGACUGGGCCGGCCGUCUGAUGGCCGAGGAGGAACACAGGAAAGCUCUGAGCGACGCCAUUCAGACACUCAGUAAGGCCGUCAAAGAUGUCAGAAAUGAUGUCAUACGACUGCAAAACCCACAGUCUGCAGAAAACAUUGAGAAAACCAAACAAAUCAGACAAAUGAGGUCUGAUAUUAACAUACUGGAGAAAUCAAAUGCUGAGUUAAAACAAGAUGUGGCACGUGCAAGGGCGGACAUGACAAGACUCAUCAGAGAUCUAAUGAACGUGCAGGUUUCUACUCACGACAGCAAGACAAGCAUUAUGGCACUGGUAGAGGCGAACAAGAACCUGGCAAUGGAAUAUCACCAGCAGAAGACUGACCAGAAUCAGAUGAUAACUCAGAUACAGACUCUGGCCACUGUGUACCGAAGUGUCCUGGCUGCUCUUCACAGUCUCGAACUCAAACAGAUUCAAGUGAUGCAUAAUCUUGGAAGAAACGAGAAUGAAAUACGCCGUGUAUCUACUGAGGUUUUAGCAGCAAAAACUGAUGUAAAGAAAGAUCAGAAUCUAGCACUUAUUAAGACGAUGAAAACCUUCCAGACGAAACUUCUGAAUCAGGUGGACCAGCUGAGAGAAGACCUGUUGAAACUUCAAAAACAAAUUGAGAUCAAGUCACAAGCGUCCAAAAUGCGUGGAGCUUACAAAGAAGGAUAUCAAGAUGGAAAACUAAAAUUGUUGCAUGACAUCCACGUAGAAAAGCCACUGAAAAAACAAGUACAUAUAACAAUAACGCAUCACAAGCCCUAAUAGUAGAUAAUUAUCAUUUGGAAAGCGAUAUUUUUAAAAAUAUUAAAGAACAAAAAACAAGUAGCUUCCAGCAAAGAAUUUUUUCAUAGGAACAGUGUCUGACGUCAUUAACAGUCAUUAGCAGCCAGCAAGGUAAUCUUCCUCCAGUCUCACCUAACCUUGUGUUUAUUUUUGCUGAAGCUCACCUGUUAACCAUUAUCUAAACCUUGCCAAAUAAUCAUGAUAUCAAAAUGUAGUAACCUUAAACCAGAUAUUCUUGUACAUCAGUUAAGAACAGAAAUGUAUUUAACUGUUAUUGUUUAGAAACCAUUAAUAACUGCAUAAAAGUGCUUAAUGCAUGCAGUUGUCAUGACAUAGAUGAGCUAUUAAUAGCUUAUUCUCUGCUUAACAGUGCACCAGUGGAAUUGCAGAAGAAACUAUUUAUAUCUUCUUUUUUUUUGCAUUUAUAAUCAUGCAUAAUAUACAUUGUUGCUAGUCAGACAGUUAGCUUGUCAGUUAGUCAGUAUACAUUGUUGCUAGUCAGACAGUUAGCCUGUCAGUCAGUCAAUUGGUCAGUCAGUCAGACAGUUGGCUGAUCACAGUUAGCCAGUCAGUCAGUUGGCCAGACAGUUGUGCAGUCAAUUGAUCAGACAGUCGGCCAGUCAGUUGGUCAGUCAGUUGAUCAGUCAGUUGGUCAGUCAGUUGACCAGUCAGUUGGUCAGACAGUUAGCCAGACAGUUGGUCAGACAGUUAGCCAAUCAGGUGGUCAGACAGUUAGCCAGUCAGUUGGUCAGACAGUUGGCCAGUCAGUUAGCCAGUUAUUUGGUCGGUCAGUUGGUCAGCCAGUUAGCCAAUCAGUUGGUCAGUCAAUUGACCAAUUAGUUGACCAGUCAGUUGAUCAAGUCAGUUGGCCAGUCAGUUGGUCAGACAGUUGGCCAGACAGUUGGCCAAACAGUUGGUCAGUCAGUCGAUCAGACAGUUGGCCAGUUGGUUGGUCAGACAAUUAGCCAGUUGAUUGGUAACAGUCACACAGUUAGCCAGAUUUUAGUGGGUUUUUUUUUUUACAUUUCAAGUUCCAUAAUGGCAGUGGCAAAAGUAGCCCAACUGGUAUUCAUGAUAUAAUUUGCUAUUUAUGGAAGGCAGUGAAACAUACUGUCUGCGAUUACCAGUCAGUGAAUGAAUGAUCACAAUGAAGUGAAAAACCGGAUGCAUGGAUCUAAUUGAAAUACCAAAUUCAAACCCAAAAUGUCAAGUUUGUUGUUCUAAGUAUUUUUUAAAUAAUGAGUUGGUGGGUGUGUGAAUUGGGGGGGGGGAGUAAAAGUUUUUAUGGACCACAUUACUGCAAAUUUAAGUAUGAAUGGUUGUAACAUUACAAUACAGAAACUAUUUAUAACAUGUACCACUGUGCAAACUAUAAUAGUAAUAAUUUGGAAGCUAUUUAAUUAAUAUUAUUCUUCACAUAACAGUUUAUAAUGUAUAUAGUUUUAAUUUAACAGUGAAUAUGUGUAUGGGCAUUGUUAAUUUUUAAAAAGAGAAAUUUUAAAAACUUACUUCUCAGAAAUUACUUAAUAUUAUGUUUAUUUAGUUGGGUAUGUAUUACAGGUCCUUUAUAAAAAAAAUAUUUACAACGCAAAGGACACAAUUUAAAAUAGAACAGUGCAAAGUGACACUAUUCCCCAAUAAUUCUAUUGUAUAUUUACCUCAUAUAAUAUCAUUUGGAGACAUCUGCAUAAACAUUUGAAUAGAAGAGGGUUUGUGUAACAUUGUGUUAUGUUACCUUAAAAGCAAGUGUGCAACACCAAUUUCUUUUCUUUUUAAAAUUUCAUUGAUCUUAUUUAUCUUUUAAGAAAGGUUUUGGGGGGCUUUUUUAUGUUUCCUUCUUUCUCUCUUUCUGUUUCUAGUACUCUUUUUUUUUUCCUAGACUCCAGAACAUUUUCAGUAUGUAAGGCCUUUGCUUUGCUAAUACAUGUAGCAACUUUUACUGUGUCAUGUUAAAAUGAACUGUGUGUAUUUCUUGUUGCAUCUCUCUCUCUCUCUCUCUCUCUCUCUCUCUCUCUCUCUCUCUCUCUCUCUCU